GGCUGAAAACUGUGCCACCCAUGGACAGCAGAAGUUUCUCCUUGGUGGGUUUGAAGCCUGGGGGUGGAGAGUGUUGUUCUGGGAGGUGCUUGGCUUUGGUCUCCCCGCCUGCCCCACCUCCAACCAUGAAUGUUCCUGGCUAUAUAUGCACCAGGAUGGGGGCCCCUGCACCCAUUUAAAAAUGCUAACUGCUGCGCUCCUUGUUCUCCUCCUGCUGGUUCUAGCCUUGUUGACAAAGCGGCAUGGGGGGUUCAGCUUUCCGAAGAACUUGGGGAGGCUGCCCGGGCCUCGGGCCUUGCCCUUCGUUGGCAAUCUCCUCCACCUGUUCCAUCCUGACCUUCCCAUCCACUUCCAUGACUUGGCUCGGCAAUAUGGCUCCAUCUUCCGCCUUCGCCUUGGCAGCAAAGGUAAACCAGAGCAAAAACUUCAUCACUAAGGCAUUGGAUAGCUUAGUCACAAUUUUACAUUGUUUUGCCAUUUUAUUGUCUUAGGACUCAGCCACGUUUGUUUGUCCCCUGAGUCUGAGAGGUUUUUCUUUCGUCCCAGGGGAAAAACACCCACCCACCCCGCUGUUUACUGCUGAAUCAGAAGAAACUUCGGUUGGGUUUUCUGCAAAUUGGCUUUUGUUCCGAUUCAGCGGUAAACAGUGGGUUUUCUCAGGGAAAGUGGUGAGACAACUGACAAAUCUCUCAGACCUCUGCCUAUCAAUCACAGGACAAACGGAAGUGUGAAUGGUUCUUACUGUAGUUUGGGGUGGGUUUUUUUGGUGUGUGGGGGGUAUUCUUGUGUGCAUUUUCAUUUUUAGAAGAGGACUCCCCUCCCUGCUUCAAUGGUUGCUAGUUCUCUCUUUAUAAAAUUUACCAGCUAAAAUGUUUAUUUGUACACGCAAAUGAAGAUUUUGCGCAUAAAAGGACAUUACGAUUGCCUAAAAUAGCAGUUUUAAAAAUAUAUGUGUGUAUAAUCGUUUGUCUGUUAGUAUUUCAGUUAUUGCCUUGCUUCUGCGUUUUAACUUUUUAGAAUAUCACAUUUGUUUGCCCACUUUUAUGGUUGUCAAUUCUCUCUUUAUAAAAUUUACUAGGAAAAGUGUAUAUUUAUAUGCACAAAUGAAGAUCUUGUGCACAAAAGGAUAUUGCAAUGAUUCAAAAUAGUAAUUCUUUUUUUAAAAAAAAAUGCAAUAAUUUUUUUGUUAGUAUUUGGUUAUUUUCUUGCAUCUGCAUUUUAACUUUUUAGAAGAUCAUGUUUCUUUUUCUACUCGCCACUGUUGCCUUUGAUAUUUUUUUUAAUAGCCAAUACAUUUAUACAUGGUCAUAAAUGACAAAAUUACACACAAAGGUUAUUACGAUAAUGCAAAAGUGUUAAUUUUUAAAAAAGAAAAAGUAAUAGUAAUUAGAACAUACAUCAAAACUUGAUUGGCGUUUGUUAAAAUUCAGCAGUGAACAGUGGGUUUUCCCGGGAAAAGUGGCAGGACAAAAGGGGGAGGGGGAGACACCUCUUAGAUGUCUGGAAAUCACAGAACGAAUGGAAGAACCUUAAGUGUCCUUUAGUGUAUCAGGGUCUUUUGAAGUGCAUUUAUUUUUAUUUUUUAAAAAACAUUAUUAAAGUCUUGGCUUUUUCAUUCUUAUUUUGCAUGUCACCUUUUGAAUAAUACAGAGAAGUGGCAUUUCAACUAUUAAAUUCUACAAAAAUGAGGAACUAUCCAAUGUUAGACUUUAUUAAUUUCCAAAGCUCUGCUUGAAGUGUGACCGAUGUUGCAUACCACCCAUAAAUGUUUGCAUUAGGGUCCUUUUUCUGAACAGAAAAAGCUAAUUAUUCCUCCCUCAUUUCCCUGAUAUAUAGAGACACAGCAAGCCCCCAUAAACCAAGUCAUACUAUUGGUCUCUCUUCCUCAGUAUUGUGUCAUAAUAAUAAUAAUAAUAAUAAUAAUAAAGUGAUAAAAUAUCAAACAUUUCAAACUUCCCUUUAGUUGUUGGCAGUGCCUGUCCUGGGUUUCUGGAUAAGGAAUCUUCUCAGCUCUGUCUAAAAAUGGCAGAGCUUGAACCUGGAAUCUUCUGCACACAAAAGAGAUACUCUAGAUCCCUCCUCUGGUUCACAGCUUCCUAAUUACCCUGAACAGUAAUUAAAUAAAUGAAGCUGCUUAGCCUAGAAUUGGCUAUAUACAUAUAUACAGUAAUUAUUUAAAAUUCAGUGUCACGUAAAAAAGUCAAAAAAUACAUCCUUUUUAAAAAAAAAUGUAAAGAAAACUGAACCAUCUAAGGGUGUAUAAUCAAUACCCAUGUCUGAGAUUCCUAGUUCUCCUUUAAGUCACCAGACCACAAAAUAACAAAGAGCCUUGUGGCACCAUAAAGGACUGAUUUAUUAUAGCAUAAACUUUCAUGGGUGACUGUCUGCUUCGGCUGGUGAAUCUGAUGACAGACAGCUGCAUCUUACGAAGUGGGUCUGAGUUAACAAAAGGUUAUGGUGUCAUGGAUGUGUAAAGUCCUUUAAUGUGUCACAAAACCCUCUUCCUUGUUUGUUUUUUUAACCACAUGCCCUUCAGAAUCCAGCUGCCCCUCUGCAGUUAUUUAAGGUGCCUGGGUACGCUUCUCCAUUCCAUAGCACGGCUGUUGAUUUCAGUGAUCCCAAAUUGCUCCAAUAAUUCCCUAUUUAGAUCUUAGCCUUCCCAUGUGCUGGCAAAUAAAAUCACGGCCACUGUUUAAGCAGGUAUAAUUCCUGCGCUUGCAUGUUUGUUUGCAAAUGGGUGCUGUUUUUUUAAAACUAAAAUAAAAAAUUAGCCUCAUUAGCAUAGCGUGAGAGAUGCGUCUUCUGACUGGCUAAAUGAUCUUGAUGGCAAAUUAAGUAAUAAUUCCUUGUUUUGUUUCGCUUUGAACUUUGGUGGAUCUGUCCAUUCUGCCUUAACAGUGGCUUCCCGUGGUUUCAGGCGAGGUGGGAUCCUUUUAUCAGAAGAGAAGGCAGGGAUUUGAUUUUUUGAUCUACCACUUGCCUAGCCUAGUUUUUCAGUGGCUCUGCCGGUUGGGAAUGCGGAUCAGGCGCUAGAUCCGGGACGGGAAAACUGCGGCUCUCCCAACGUUACAGGACUCCCACUCCCAUCACCCCCUGUCCAUUGGCUGUUCAGGUGGGGACUGAUGGGAAAUGGAGUCCAACAAGAACCUGUCUGCGCUAGAGAAAGCGGGAGGGGUCUCCCCGGAGUUAAAUCUGAUGACGCAAUAAAAACAUAAGGGCAUCCUAUGCCCUAAACUGGCCAAUGCACCAACAUUCAUUGGAUUCUAGUCGCGGUUAAGUUUUGAUCAUCAUCAGCCCAGUGGAACAGGGAGUCAAGUUUACACACGAGGCGGAAAAACCAAAAGCAGACUUCUGAUAGUUACUGAAACGAAUCGCUUGGUUUCUUCAUAUGUAAAGUUUAAAAGUAUUACUAAAUGAUCUGAAAUGGAAUUAGGAAUGAUCUAAAAUGUCUGGGGUCCCUUUAAAAUGUAUAUAAAAAAUGGAAAUCUCUGAUAGAGACUGUAUAUUGAUGUAUAUUCAUGGGCAAGUGGGGUCUUGAACCCUGGUCUCCCGGGUCCUUGUCUGCAACUGCCACACCAAGACCAAAGCAGAAACCUUCCCCACACUCCCCUUUCCCCUUCUAUAAAGAAACCCUUUCUGGGACCCCACAUUUAAAUUCUUCCCUGGUCUCCUUGCUGGCCCUAGUAGGACCAACUUGGCCAGUUAGCCCUGGUGAUCAUUUGAUGUCUGCUAACUGGGUCCCCCCAAAAAAUGACCCCUGAAUUUUUGAAUUUUAUUGAUACUGAUGCUGCAUUUUAUGUUGUAUUUUAUGCUGUUUUAUUCUGUUUUUAAGUCACAUUUUAAUCAAUGUUUUAUAUUGCUGUUAGCCGCCCUGAGCCCGGUUUUUAAACCGGGAAGGGCGGGGUAUAAAUAAAAAUUUAUUAUUAUUCUUAUUAUUAUAUAAGCAACUUUUGAAUUUAUUUUUCUUCUUCUUAGACAUGGUGGUUCUGAACAGCACGGAUCUGAUUCGGGAGGCGCUGCUGCGGAAAUGGUCUGAUUUUGCAGGACGGCCUCAUGGAUUUGUUGGUAAUUGUAACCUGGUUGAAUGGGAAGAUAUACACAUAACCCUGGUUGAAACGUAACAACCAGCCAUGACUGCUUAAGCAAACACGGAUCAAUCCUUGGUUCAUUAGCCUAGUUUGCUCACUAAUCACAGUCAGAAAAGAACUUAGUCUCCUCAGUUGGAGAUAAUGAGAAACUACAGUUUAUUCAAAAUUGCAAACUUUCAAUUCCCUUUUCUUGUAGGGAUAAGGGCAGAGGGAGAGAUUUGGCUCAUGCUUGCAACGGCAAGCCAUGGUUUAUUGUUACAUCUGAACCUGACCAUAGAGUCAAGGAAGGCCUGGACUAGAGCAACACAAAGCCCUCACUUCCUGUUCCCAUGUGAAAGCAGAAUCGUGACAAACAUUGACAAGGAAAUCCCUCUACCGUACCCCCUCAUGCACCUUCCUGGAGCCAGUUUUAGGUGCCUAGUAGUGGUGGCAAAUCAAAAUGGCUGCCUUCACUUGGAAACAGGAAGUGCCAAUCAAACUGUGUUUUGACUGGGAAGCUUUGUGUAAACUGUGAGCUUCACGUUGACCCUAAUGGCCUUGUUCUACAUAGAGGUUACAUUAUAUUGAUUCUCCCACAAUCAAACACUUUUCAUAGCAAAUACCACUGAGGUAAUUUUCUUUCAUGCCUACCAUGGCAGUGACUCCAUUUCUGAAUAUGUGUUCUUCCUUUUCCCUGAAUUGUUUUUUCCCAACAGGCAGAGCAAUUCCUCCCCUUUCUCUGGCACUAUUUUGCCACCCUCCUUGCGUAUUUUUGCCUGGGUGAAUGAAAACAUUUUAAUAUUACAGGUAGUUGUAAAAUAGGGAGCUGGGAGAGAGGAGCAGCAGCAGGAGAAGCAGCUCAGGGCCCGAUUCCAAAUAGGGGUGAAAACAGGAUCCAUAUUCCAUUCUGUCUUGUUCUUUGCUGCAUGUAGACCUGUUUCCCUUCUGCUGCAGCUUGUCUUCUGUCAAAACCAAAAUAUGUCAUGUGUGUUAGUUUCUGUUUCUCACUGAGCAGCUGCUUGGAGUCACAGGACUCUGUUUACAUUCCAGAGACCUUCCAGUCUCAUGGGAAGGGAGACGGGGUGUGACGUUAGUGGUUUCCUGUUUCCUUUGUUCCUUUGUUCAGUUGCUCUCUGCUUUCGUAGACAGAGGAUGCAUAUUUCUUUGCUGUCUGCGUAGUAAGAAAUAAAGCAUAGCAUGUAGCCCACACCUCUCGUCUCUUCCCUGUGCUGGGAACUCUGCUGAAUAGAAUAUGCCUUGGAGCCUCAUCAAAGGCUUGAGGUCGUUAUACGUCGGGAGGCAAUUCGACGGCUUGGACAAAGGAAGAUGAGACUUUAUCAGCUUGGCCGAGCGGAGAUUCCAACAAUGUAUACAGUUCAUCGUUGACAUUACAUUGUUCCACCCCAAUCAUUUCAGUGCACAGGCAAUGGAAAUCGGGAGGGGAAACAAAUAAAUUCUGUAUCAUUUGCAGACUGUAAGCAACAACAGCAAAUCCUGGCUUAAUUGAUUUCCCUUCUGGCAAUGGGGCCAAUGAACGAACUCCGGUUUCUGUUCCGGUUUCCAUCGCAAUUUUCUGGUGUGUGAUUGCAUUCCGCCCCACCCCCCGGGAAAGAGCAGCAGUCUGGAAGCAUUCCUUCUCUCCCUCCUACUUCUCGCCCUGCAGCAGACCUUGUUUCGUUGGGAGGCAAGGACCUCUCCUUGGGCAACUAUACGCCGACCUGGCGUCUGCAGAGAAAAAUGGCCCACGUAGCUUUCCAGCGCUGCCUGCGAGGAAACAUGGAGCAGAUUGUCCAGAGCCAGGCUCGUCAGCUCUGCAAGGUGAGAUGCUGCAAAUGCCACCGACUGAUCAGGAUGGGCGGCUUGUGCAUCUUGUGAAGCCGUCUCUCCGGGGCCAGGACUUCCGCUUGUGCAACAGAACUUUCCCUCCCCUUUUAAAAAAACAAAAAAAUGUGGAACCUCUAGCUUGGGCAAUGAAACCCAGAACCAUGUCGUUUUACUUUAUGUCAGGGGCAUAGCUGUCAACCAUCCCUUAUUCGGCGGGAAACUCCCUUAUCCCAGUGCCAUUUCCCACUGCUGUCCCUUAUUGAUGAUGUCCCUUAAAUUUCCCGGGUUUCAUUUUUUUUUUAUAAGUAUUUUAUUAAAUUUUCACAAUGAACAAACUUACAUAGACAAAGAAAAUACAAAAUCACAAAAGACAAUACAAUACAAAAAUACAAAACAUUGAGCACAUCAAAGAAAAAAGAGAAAAAGAAAAAAAAAGAUAAAAACACAUAUAAUAACAAAAAAACAAAAAUUCCCUCUUUCUUAAUUUCUCAUUUUCAAUUAGCUUAUUUUCCCGACUUCCUCACAUCUCCCGUUCUUGUAUCCCUUUUUAAAAGUUAAUUCAGCAAAUUCAUAUCCUAUUUAUUUUAUCUAUUGUUAGUCCAAUCUUACAUUUUACUUUGUUGCUAAAGCCCCUAAGAUUCAUUUCAAUGUCCUUAACUUUCAUAACUUUUACAGUAUUUCUGCAAAUAAAUUUUAAAUUUCUUCCAAUCUUCCUCCACCGUCUCCUCUCCCUGGUCUCGGAUUCUGCCAGUCAUUUCCGCCAUCUCCAUAUAGUCCAUUAGUUGCAUCUGCCAAUCUUCCAAGGUGGGUAGAUCUUGUGUCUUCCAAUGCUUUGCGAUGAGAGUUCUUGCUGCUGCUGUAGCAUACAUAAAAAAAGUUCUAUCCUUCUUUGACACCGAUUGGUCCACUAUGCCCAGGAGGAAGGCCUCUGGUUUCUUCGGGAAAGUAUAUCUAAAUACCUUUUUCAGUUCAUUAUAUAUCAUUUCCCAGAAGGCCUUGAUCCUUGGGCACGUCCACCAAAGGUGAAAGAAUGUACCUUCAAUCUCUUUACAUUUCCAACAUUUGUUAUCGGGCAAAUGAUAUAUUUUUGCAAGCUUGACUGGGGUCAUGUACCACCUAUAUAUCAUUUUCAUUAUAUUUUCUCUUAAGGCAUUACAUGCCGUAAACUUAAUCCCGGUGGUCCACAACUUCUCCCAGUCAGCAAACAUGAUGUUAUGACCCAUGUCUUGUGCCCAUUUUAUCAUUGCCGACUUUACUGUUUCUUCCUCAGUAUUCCAUUUCAACAGCAGAUUAUACAUUCUCGAAAGUAUCUUUACAUUGGGUUCUAGCAGUUCUGUUUCCAACUUUGAUUUUUCCACCUGGAAACCAAUUUUUUUAUCCAAUUUAUAAACCUCUCUUAUCUGAAAAUAAUGUUGCCAGUCCCGCACCUAAAUUUCCCGGGUUUCAAAGGAAGCAGCUCCUCUCCCUCCCUCCCUGCCAGCCGGCCAGGGAGGAUGGAGGCUCCAACUGUGUUGCUUGGCUGCGUUGCUCACCCAAUAAGGAGUCUAAGAACGACUGGGGGGUGGAGUUUGCAUGCCUUGAGCCCGGCCGCGUUGCCUGGGGACUUGCCUUUGCUCAGCGCUUGCCAGCGGAGAAGUGACGGUGGUUUUCCUUGCUGCAUCCCCUUUGCCGGGUUGCUGCGCUGUGGGAACCACCACUUAAAGCUUCGUUUGGCUGCUGGCUGGGCUUUCUGCCUUUGGCUCGGAGGGGCUCAUAAGUUGAACAUACCUGUGCUCGGAAUCGGAUGGAUGCGUCAUCGAUGGCCCACUCACCCUUGCCAGGGAAAAGGUCUGUCUGGAGCAGGGGCACAUGGUGGGGGAAAAGGAAAGGAACUGGUUGAGUACAAUGGCGGGCGGCGAUCUCGUGGGGGGGGGGCUUUUGGAUUUGUUUUGGAGGCUCCUUCGAUUGACUGUUAUGGGGGAAAGGAAAGGAGAUGGUUGACUAAAAUCCCUUAUUUUGGCUGCUGAUCCCUUAUUUUCAAAUCUGUAAGUUGACAGCUAUGGUCAGGGGUAGGGAACCUUUUUCAGACUGAGGGUAGCACUGUGGGUCACAUGCCGUUGGUGGGCGGAGCCAGCAGCAAACGUGGGCUGAGCAACAGAGACGAACUUUGUACGGUGGGCUGCGCUUCAGCCAUCCAAAAGUCAGGGGUUUCUGGGUGCACCUCCAGGCAAGCGAAAAGCAUCAUCACUCUCUAAGGAGAGGGGAGAGUCCUGAGCAGGGGUCAGCAAACCUUUUCAUCAGGGGGCCGGUCCACUGUCCCUCCGACCUUGUGGGGGACUGGACUAUAAGCCACCCCCCACGACUCUCCCCUCCAUUCUUCACAGCACCGGACGAGCCCCGGUGGCUGCUUACCUGUGUCUUGCAAGCGGCAGGGGCUGGUGGCAGCGGAGGGACAAUGAGCGGCGCAUGAAAGGGCUCUGGAGAGGGGCUGCUUAAAAUGGCGGCCGCUGAAGCGCUGCUGCUGCUGGCACCAACAAAGCCCAAUCCCCUUCCUUCUCUAGGCAGGGCGGGGAGAAGCCAGGAGGAGGGAGGGAGGAGGUGCCUGCAGCAACUUCUGGUCAGUUUUACCAUUUCUGCAUAUUCCAUUCUUCCUUUACUGGGAAUUCUGCUUCUUUCCAUUUUGGGGCAAGUAGCAUUCUUGCUGCUGUAGUAGCAUACAUAAAUAAGUUUCUAUACAGUUUAGGUAGUUCUGUCCCUAUAACUCCCCAGAGAAAAGUUUCUUUUUAAAAAAUAAAAUAAAAUAAAAUUUACUUUGAACAUCUUUUUCAAUUCAUUAUAUAUCAUUUCCCAUAAAGCUUUAACCUUACUACAAGACCACCACAUAUGAUAAAAAGAACCUUCUUUCUCUUUACAUUUACAACGCUUGUUUGAUUUAGAUAUAUCCAUUUUUGCCAGUUCACUUUGUGUUAGAUACCAACGAUAUGUCAUUUUUGUAUAAUUUUCUCAGAAACCAUAACAUGCUGUAAAUUUUAUAACCAAAUUCCACAAUCGUUCUCAUGUUUCCAUGUCUAUAUUAUGACCAAUCUCUACCGUCCAGAUGAUGCUACAUGUUCUAAGGGAAGCCUUUUCCUCUUCUGGUUUUCUCAGGCUUUCCAUGGUUAUGGGGGCAAACCUGUGGAUUUGGCUAAGGAUUUCUCUCUGCAAGCCUGUGGGGUCAUCUGCAGCGUCUUGUUCGGCCCUUUGGUGAGUAGGAACGGAGGCAUUUGUCCACUUCAGUCCCCCUCAGUUUCUCCUUUUCCCGUUCUCAAGUUCAGAUCUCUGUAAGUGCACAUCAGUUUGCAAUUUCUCUCUUAAAAUGUCCUCAUGAAAAUUCAAUGACAUUUGAGUGGGCGCCUAAUUUACCCAUUUUUGCAAUGCAUUUCGCCCUAAUAUAAAACAUUUUUGUCUGUCAUUUUCACCGAUUCAUGUAUUUUAUGCACAUCUUAUGCUAGCAUGUGCACUUUUGCACAUUACUUGCCCCAAGAACUGCAAUGCAAAAUCCAGAGAAGUCCCCAGGAGAAUUCAACUAGAGCCAGGGCUUUUUCGGCUGUGGCUCCGAUCUGGUGGAACGCUCUGUCACAAGAGACCAGGGCCCUGCGGGACUUGACAUCUUUCCGCAGGGCCUGCAAGCCAGAGCUGUUCCCCCAGGCCUUUGGCAAGGGCACAGUCUGACCCCCUCCCUCGGCAAUCUUCGCGGCGCUCUGGCCCAAUGGUUGCCAGUGGCUUGAAUUAAUUAAUUUUAUAAUGAAUGAUUUUAGAGUGUUGUUAAUGCUGUACUUUUGUACUGUUUUAUUGUUGUUAGCCGCCCUGAGCCCGGCUUCGGCUGGGGAGGGCGGGAUAUAAAUAAAAUUUAUUAUUAUUAUUAUUAGUAGUAGUAGUAGUAGUAGUAUUUUAGUGGGUGAUUCCCUAAUACACCUACGUCCCCUUAAUUUCCCCUUAAUAUACACAUACAAAUUUAAGAAGAGCCUGGACCUUUUUAGUCCAGGUAUCCUGUUCUCACUGUGUGCUAUUUUCAUGGAUGUACAUGGAUGGGCGGGGUGUAAAUAAUAAAUUGUUGUUGUUGUUGUUGUUGUCGUCACUGCUUUCCCACUAAACUGCAUUUUUGUACACCUCAUUUAUCUGGAGAAACGCGCCACAAAAUUUUGCAAGGGCAGCUGCAUUUCAGUUCAUGUUUAGGUAACAAAGCAAAUUAGGUCACUGCAGCAAAAUGUGUACAGUUCCAAAUUUGUCCCUAUCCCUAUUGCUGAGUCAUAAGGUGUACAGUCAAAUCUCGGAUCCUGAACGCCUCCGUUUUGGCACGUUUCCGUUCCUGAACGUCAAAAACUCGGAAGUAAAUGCUCCGAUUUUCGAAUGCUUUUGAGAAGCUGUGCCUUGGUUGUUGAUCAUCUUCCCGGAAGCUGAACGUUCUUCCAGAACGGAUUAUGUUCAACAACUGAGGUUUGACUAUAAUGGCAGGAAAUACCACUGUUGUCAUUGGACUCCCCUUCUUGUUAAAUCACCUUUUCUCAUGGCUAUCUGCUCCGACUAGGGAUGGAAGGAGCUGUCAGUUCUACUCCUCUCAAUUUCUCAUCCCCACCCCCAAUUUUAAAUUCAGUUUUCUACAUUUUGCAGCAAUUUUCUUUUUAUUUUUUAAAAAACCCCACGAAAUUCAGGCAGAAUUUUAGUGCAAAUGUCACUUUCUUCUUCGGCGAUCCCUUGUAGCCGAGUAAGAUUGUCUUCCAUAAACACGGUUUUAACAAUGAGUCUGUAAGUGACUGUGGAGGCCAAUUCUGGACCCACACGUCCUUCCACAGUGGGAAUAUUGGUUUCCGGGCGGGAGUUGAUCACAGUGUGGAUUUGCCAAGUGUUCCUUCCUCUUAGCACAUUUAUCCCUUGCGUCCUGAGUUCGAGUGUCUUCAAAGCCCAGGACACCUUUGGUAAAGGCUGUUCUCCAACUAGAGCGCUCGCAGGUCAGUGUUUCCCAGUUGUCAGUGUUUGUACUAUAAAGGGAUCUAAACCACAGAACCUGGGGCUUGCCGAUCAGAAGGUCGGCAGUUCGAAUCCCUGCGACACGUGAGUUCCCGUUGCUCAGUCCCUGCUCCUGCCCACCUAGCAGUUCGCUAGGCCACAGUAACUCCCCCCUCUCUCCUUUCUUGGAGAUUUCUUUUUUAUAAUUUUUAUUAUUAUUAAACAUUUCAACAUAACAAUUUAUCAAAAUCAUAUCAACCUCAUCCCCCCGCCUAAAUUUCCCACCCCCAUCCUUGAAAAGAACCCACCCUCCCACCCCCUCCCGGACUUCCCUCAGCUCCUCUCUCUGGUUUUUGAUCACAUGUUACUCUCUGCAUAUUCUAAAAUUGUAAUGACCCUUAAUUUAUCUGUCUAUAUGUUACCAAUAGGGACGCGGGGGGCGCUGUGGGUUAAACCACAGAGCCUAGGACUUGCCGAUCAGAAGGUCGGCGGUUCAAAUCCCUGUGACGGGGUGAGUUCCCGUUGCUCGGUCCCUGCUCCUGCCAACCUAGCAGUUCGAAAGCACGUCAAAGUGCAAGUAGAUAAAUAGGUACCGCUCCGGCGGGAAGUUAAACGGCAUUUCCGUGCGCUGCUCUGGUUUGCCAGAAGCGGCUUAGUCAUGCUGGCCACAUGACCCGGAAGCUAUACGCUGGCUCCCUCGGCCAAUAAAGCUAGAUGAGCGCCACAACCCCAGAGUCGUCCGUGACUGGACCUAAUGGUCAGGGGUCCCUUUACCUUUUAUACUACAUUUUUUUAGAUUUGCCUUCAAACCUAUUUAUCUUUUCAUACACAGUUUUUACUAAUGUAUGUACACAGUUUUACACAAGCAGUUUCCUCUAAUUUGAUGCUAGCAACUUUUGCACCCCCCCCCCCCCAUAUUUGUAUUUCUGCCAAUCUUGUGUUGUCGGAGAACAGCCUCACAAAAUUUGGGCAGGUGCGUACUUUGAAAGAAGGCUGUGUUUGGGGUCACAUAUUGCUUCAGAAAGUCUGAGUUUGACAGAUUUGCCGGAAAUGAAUUGACUCUCCCAGCAUCCCUCCUGCCAUUUGUCUUCGUCUCCAGCCUGACUCUGCACUUUCCUCCACUUCAGGACAAUUUCACCAUUGAGAAACUGCAUGACUGCAUCUACAAGAUAAUGGAAAACUGGGGUGCAAUCUCUGUCCAGGUGGUGGAUGCCUUGCCCUUCCUCAAGGUACAGGGGCAGCAAUGAGCUGGCUAACUAGGGGGGAAACACCAUUGCCACCUAAACUUGCCUUGCUUGGCCAAGGUCAAUUUCACUUUCUUAAAGAGCAUCUCCACCCCAUCAUUCUGCCCAGAUACUAAGGUCCAGCUCUGAGGGCUUUCUGGUGGUUCCUUCACUGCAAGAAGUGAGGUUACAGGGAACCAGGCAGAGGGCCUUCUCGGUAGUGGCGCCCGCCCUGUGGAACGUUGUUAUGUACUGAGUUGAAUAGGAUUCAGAAUGCAGCAGUCUGAUUGGUCCUAGAACAAUAGGGUCGAGAAUGCAGCAGUCUGACUAGUCCACAGGAGCCACCCACUUCCUCCAGUUGGAAGUGAAUCCGCAACCUGAUUGGCCUACAGGUGAAUCCCGGAAUUAGCCAAUCACGUGGGGCCCGUUGUGCAAAUAAUGUAUAUAAAGCAGACAUUCUGGGGGAACUUCCAUUCCUCCUCACCACUAUGAGCUGAAUAAAGAGCAUGAAAUCCAUUCUCAACUCCGAGUCUGUUUCAAACGCCCUCCCAUCAGGUGUCAAGGAAAUAGACAACUAUCCGACUUUUAGAAGACAUCUGAAGGCAGCCCUGUUUAGCGGAGUGUUUGAUGUUUUAUCGUGUUUUUAAUAUUCUGUUGGGAGCCGUCCAGAGUGGCUGGGAAAACCAAGCCAGAUGGGCAGGGUAUAAACAAACAUCAUCAUUAUUAUUAUUAUUAUUAUUAUUAUUAUUAUUAUUAAAGCAAGUUUAUUGACUGGUUCUAGUCAAAGCGCUUUGCUGCACAGCUCAAGCAAGCAGGCUGCUUUGGACUUUGCUAUGCUGAGAUAGCCUGGUUCUCUGCAAAAGUGGGAGAAAUAAUCGGGUGGGUCUCUGGGUGUUUAGUGCUGAAAAUCUUCUGCUUCCCUGACACCCUAGGUCUUCCCCAAUGCCAAUUUGCGCCACCUGCUCUCCUGCAUCAAAAGCCGGGAUGCCUUGGUCCAGCACGUGAUGAAGAAACACCAGGUGAGGAUAUGGAUGGUGAGCAGGUUGGGAUCUUCUUGUGGGGAUCUGCAGCAGGAGACUAGGACACUCAUUGGCCCUUGAUGCAGCAAUGUGGAGAAGCAGCACUUCAAGGUACUAUGGAAGAUGACAUCAUGCAUUUGUUGGGUAGAAAUCCAACUGGUGCAGUGGUGCUCAAGGAAGACCUUUUUAAAAAAUAAAAUAAAAUUCAAAGAUCUUUAUUGAAACUUAACAUAUAUACAUAAUAACCAAAAUUCCCAAUGAUUCCCUCACAUGAAAUAUAAUAUCUACAUUACAACAGUUGCAUAAUUAUACACUUAAUUAUAAAACCCAUCACCCACCCCUCCACAGCAAUUCGACUUCUGUAUAUUUCUUUCAACAUUUUCCUCCUUGCUUUCUAUAAUAAAUUAUUUUUGUUAAAUUCUGAUUUUUCCCCCCUUUGUUUUGUUAUUGCUUACAUUUUUUUAUCCUAAGCCUAUUAACAUGUCAUUUUUAGAACAAUGUUUUGACAUAUAAUCUUCGAAAUACUUCCACUCCAUUCUUAACUUUUGAUUUGAUUGAUAUCUUAUAAUUGAAGUUAAUUUUGCCAAUUCUAUAUACUCAUUUAAUUUACAAAUCCACUCUUCCUUUGUUGGUAUGUCCUGAGAUUUCCAUUUAGUAGCAAUCACUACGCUGGCAGCUGUUGCAUAUACAGUGGUGCCUCGCAAGACGAAAUUAAUUCGUUCCACGAGUUUUUUCUUCUUGCGAGUUUUUCGUCUUGCGAAGCACGGUUUCCCAUAGGAAUGCAUUGAAAAUCAAUUAAUGCGUUCCUAUGGAAACCGCCUUCAGACCAGGUCCGGGGACAGUCUGUCCCCGGACCUCUUCUGAAGGCAGGCUGGGGGGGAACGGCAAGCUCCGGGGACAGAGGUGAAGGGGCAGCGCUCCUUCGCCUCUUUCCUCGAACCUCUUCUGUAGGCAGGCGGGGGGAGAACGGCUUUUCUUCCCACCGCCAGCCUUCAGAAGACUAUUUGUUCAUUUAUUUGUUUAUUACUUUUAUAUACUACCUUUAUCUUCCAAGGAGUUCAAGAUGGGGCACAUGGUUCCCCAGUUCCUUCUCACAACAACACUGUGAGGUAGGCUAGGCUAGGAGAUCGUGACAGGCCCAAGGUCGCCCAAUGAGCUUCAUGUCUGAGUGGGGAAGGGUGAAUUGUCAAGAUUCGUCCAUUAGUAAAGGACUGGGGGGGGGGGGGGCUUGUGGCCUUCCAGAGCUACAUUGGAUUCACAUCACAUCAACUGUUACGUGGCCUGACUGGGACCGAUUGGAGUUGAAGUCCAACAUCACAUGAAAAAGGCCACAAGUUGUCCAUUCCUGUGUCAGUGAAUGCCUCUGUUGAAUGAGAAGGUUUGAAAUUCCUCCAGAAUGUUCAUAACGAGGGAAACAAAUACAAGUAGGCCAUUCCACAGAUGGGGAGCCACCACCGAGAAGGCCCUGUCACAUGAACAGACAAAACGGUAGGGCGAUUUCAGUGAUGGGGCGUGGGGUGGGCUUUUCAUGACAACUGGACGUGGAGAUUAGAUUCAGUCAGCGCUCUUAGAUUCCCUUGGGAAGGAGUGGGUGACGUCCUGGUUAAGCAGAAACUGAAGAGGUCAUAGCAUUGGGGUCUCUUUUGAUUUUGGAGGAGCUUAAGAAUAUUAGAAGAGGCCUGGUGGAACAGGCCAUUGGCCCACCUAGUCCAGCACCCUGUUCUCAUGGUGGCCUGAGGAAAACUGGCAAGCAGGACUGAAGCACAAGAACACUCUCCCCUUGUGGUUUCCAGCAACUGAUACUUGGAAGCAUUGCUGCCUUGAGGUUCUCCCUUGCUUGGGCACUAAGCCACUUCUGCUCUCUCUCUCUCAGGAGCCCCACAGCACCUCAGAAGGACAGGACAUGGUGGACCACAUGCUGCAAUUCCAGCAUGAACAUGGGGCGAGUGAGGGCAAGGGGACGGGCCUUGUGCCAGAACACGUCCACAUGGCCAUUGUUGACAUGCUCAUCGGAGGCACUGAGACCACAGCAACUUUACUCAGCUGGGCUGUGGCCUUUUUGGUGCAUCGCCCACAGGUAGGAUGCAGCGGUGUGUGUGUGUGUGUGUGUGUGUGUGGCAUCCCAAGCUUGAUGGUUCGCUAGGCCACAGUAGCUUCCCCCUCUCUCCUUUCUUGGAGGUUUCUUUUUAAAAAUAAUUUAUUAUUAUUAUUAAACAUUUCAACGCAACAAUUUAUCAAAAACAUAUCAACCUCAUUUCACCCCCCAUCCCUGAAAAGAACCCACCCUCCCACCCCCUCCCGGACUUCCCUCAGCUCCUCUCUCUGGUUUUUGAUCACAUGUUACUCUCUGCAUAUUCUAAAAUUGUAAUGAUCCUUAAUUUAUCUGUCUAUAUGUUACCAAUAGGGACGUGGGUGGCACUGUGGGUUAAACCACAGAGACUAGGGCUUGCCGAUCAGAAAGUCGGCGGUUCGAAUCCCCGCGACGGGGUGAGCUCCCGUUGCUCGGUCCCUGCUCCUGCCAACCUAGCAGUUUGAAAGCACGUCAAAGUGCAAGAAGAUAAAUAGGUACCGCUCCAGCGGGAAGGUAAACGGCGUUUCCGUGCGCUGCUCUGGUUCACCAGAAGCGGCUUAGUCAUGCUGGCCACAUGACCCGAAAGCUGUAUGCCGGCUCCCUCGGCCAGUAAAGCGAGAUGAGCUCUGCAACCCCAGAGUCGGUCACGACUGGACCUAAUGGUCGGGGUCCCUUUACCUUUACCUUUUAUGUUACCAAUAAUACAUUUGUGUCUGUUUAUUCAAAACCUGCCAAGGAGAUCGGUUCAUUUUGUUGUUUCUUUAAGUACUUUGUAAAAGGUUUCCAUUCUUUAAAAUCACAAUCCUUGUCGCAUAAUUUAUCUGUCAGUUUCGCCAGUUCCGCAUAGUCCAUCAAUUUCCCUUGCCACUGCUCUUUUUUCAGGAUUUCUUCAUUCUUUCUUGGAGGUUUCUGAGCAGAGGUUGGAUGCCCAUCUGUCAUGGGAGUUAGACUAGAUGACGCUUGGGGUCUCUUCCAACUCUACAAUGCUGUUAUUCAGCCCGUGUUUGUGCAGGGUGGGGUAGGGAGGCUUUCUGUGCCUAAGGGUUGCGUCCCCUCAUGUCAGCCUGGGUCUAUAGCAAACUACAGGGAUCCUAAAUCUGCCGGAAUGUCUUCUCCGCACCCCAAUUUGUUUUUUGUUUUUUUUAAAAAAGAUAUAUAUUAAAAAUUUUAUAAAACAAAACAAAAAAGUCAUAACAGAAAGAUAAACAUAUAAAAAAGAAUUACAAAAAAUACAACAAUAAAUGACUCAAACACAUAACAACACAAAAAAACCCCGACCAAUCAAAUCAAAUCAAAUCACAUCACAUAAAUUCCGAAUUACAAAGCCGAAUUUUAAAUUUUUGUUGGGGGUACCCAUAUUUCAAGUUCCGAAGGGGAUUCCAAUCAUCAUCUUGCUACUGCAUUAAUGUCCACAAAUCUGUCCAAAUAAUGUUCACAAUUCUAUUCAGUCCUAUCUUGCUGUUCCCACAUCUCAUCUUGUUAUUUUCAUAUAUUUUUCUUUUUUCUUUGUGAUCUCUUCUGAUAAUCUCCUUAAGCAGGUAAACACAAAUUAUAAUCCUGUGUGGAUUUUUCCAUUCGUCCAAUAACCAUAUCGAGAUGGUUUCCAUAUAUCAUCACUUCCAUAAAUCAGUCAGUUUUAUUGCACAUAGCCAAAGGCUGCCGCAAUGUACACAGAAUUAUUUGACAAUUAAAAGUAAAUAUACUGAAUUGGUAAAAAAAGGCUUAAAACAUUUAUAUUAUUAAAACAUUACGUACUCUAAACAAAGCUAUAAAAGUACCCCAAUGUACAAAUAAAAACAUUAAACAAUAAAAUUCAUAAGCUAAAAUCAUCACAUGGUCACUAAUGUUAAAAACAAUAUCAAUUAAUACAAUGUGCAAUUUAUACUCAGAGUUUGGUGACAAAGAUAGAGCAUAGCCUGAGGUAGAUAGAUAGGAUCAGAUAAAUUCAUCUCCUUUACAGUUAAUGGCUACCUUGGCUAUAUAAUUUGCUCUAAUUUUCCUGGCAGCAGUUGCAAAAAGUGCUACCCGCCAGGUCACAUACUUAUCUGUGUCUGCAAGGAGAUAUAACAUCAUAUCAAGGGGGUUCUGGCCAGGGGACCCUGUCAUUAUAGGUACCAAAAAUCUUUUUCUUGCAUCAUUAUAUAACGGACAGUGCAAGAUAUAAUGCAUAAGGUCCUCUACUUCAGAACAUCCCCUAAUGCAAACACGUUCGUUUUUGGUAUGCCUCUAUGUCUCCCAUCUCUAUAAGCAGAGCUUAUUGUAUUUAGUCGUAGCUCUGUAAAAGCUUUUCGAAGCUGUGCAAAAGUCAAUUCAUUAAAAUAAGAUAUGUGUUCAUUGACCUCUCUAAGUUUAAAAUACAAUGGGGCGCAUGUAGAUGUGCACAUAGAGUUUAGAUCGUUUUUAGUUGCCACUGCCCUUAUGGUUCGUUUAAAAAUAUUUUUCUGUGAAUAUAAGGGGAGUUCUUUAAUCUCAGUCACUGAGAGAUCAUAUUUGCCCAUCAGUUGGGCAGCAUGAUGUACCCAGUUUUUAAGGGGUAAUCCAUUUGAGAGCUCAAUCAGGCAUUUUUUUGGUAGCCUAGUGUUGUCCAUCUGUUGAACUCUAAACCAGUAACAGAGAAUUCUUUUAUCUAUUUGGCUCUCUAUGCUCAACAUGCGAGUUUCCAACCUGACCAUGGCAGAUUGCACGUCUUUGGGUAAACCUAAAAGAACUCUUAAAAAUAAUUCUGUGGGGGUUCCAGACCGGAGACCUUUGAGGUACCCCAAACCUCUGCACCAUAUAAAAUCUGGGCCAUUGUUUUUGCUUUAUACACAGAUAGAGCUGGGUUGACCAGAUUUCCACCUUUACAUGCAGCGAAUUUCAGAAUGGCUUUUGCUGAUUUAAAGGCUUGCAAUUUAAUAUUGGAUAGCUGUGUAUUCCAAGAUGCCGUUUCUGAAUAAAUCAAUCCCAGAUAUUUAAACGUAUUUACUUGAUUUAUGAUGUGUUCAUCCAGGUGCCAAACAUGCUUUUUAGAACGCUUCCCAAAUACAAUGACCUGCGUCUUAUCAUAGUUUAUAGAUAAAGCAUUCCUCAUACAAUAUGAACUUAAUUUUGCAAGCAGCCGUCUCAGGCCCACCUGGGUUCUAGAUACAAGUACUAGGUCAUCAGCAUACAUUAAAACUGAGAGUUUUUGGUCGAGAAUUGUGACAGGGGCAAACUGUAGGCCCUCCAGUUCUUUAACCAUGUCAUUAAUAUAAAAAUUGAACAGGAAAGGUGCCAAAAUGCAUCCCUGUUUGACUCCAGUGGUGGUCUUAAUUCUGGUGGUGAGAUGGCCAGCCAGAUCCACCUUUACUUGUAUUGAUGUGUCAGUAUAUAAUGUUUUGAUGAGAAAUAAUAGACGGAGGUCUAUAUUUGUCUUUUCCAAUUUUUGCCACAAUGCGUGUCUUGGGACCGUAUCAAAAGCUGACUUUAGAUCGAUAAAAGCAACAUAUAAUUUUUGCUUCAAGUUAUGGAUGUAUUUACAUAGCAGAAAGUUCAGCACAAAGCACUGGUCCAAUGUGGAUUUCCCUCUUUGGAAACCUGCCUGGACUUCAGAUAUCACCUUAUUUGAAUCUGCCCAUUCUUCUAGUCUCCCAAGAAGGAGCCUGGCAUAUAGUUUGGAGGCUACAUCUAACAAACUAAUGGGUCUAUAAUUGGCAGGGUUUUUCUUAUCGCCCUUUUUAUAUAUUGGGGCAAUUAUGCUCAACUUCCACCCUUCAGGUAUACGACCUGAGCUGUUAUUUUUUUUUUUUUUAAAUAAUAUUUAUUAAAAGUUUCAAAAAUACAGAAAGUAAAAAGUAAAAUACAUUCAGAUCCUUAUUUUCAUAUAUCCACUUUCUGGGACUCCCCCCUUCCCCCACCCCUACCAUAUUCCUUUUUCAUGUUGUUGGCUCCACAAGCUCUCGGUUCUGAUUAUAAACAUAAUUUGUUUAAACCAUUAUUCGAAUUUAAGAUUUCUACACUCCUCAUCAAUACCCUUAAUAAAAAACCAAAAAUUUCUUUCCCAGAGCCCACCCCAUUUUCAUUCCACAAUUUCCCUUUUUUUAGUAAUUAAGACACCCCACAUAGUAGAAAUAUCAGAAAUAAGAAAUAAAAGAUAUAAUAGAUAAAACAAAGCCAGUUCAAAAAAAAAGAAGUUGACAAGCCUUUGGAUUUUAGUUCUCCCCCUCUGUCCCCGGUUUAAUUUCCCCCUGACCACCAAACCAUGUUAUCCGCCUGGAAUUCUUACAAUCCAUAAAUCGCCUAUUUCCCCCAACUCCUUGCUGGUUUUGUUUUGUUUUGUUUUGUUUUUUUUUUCCUUUCAUAAUUAUUUUUAAAACACUUAACUUCAGAUCUUUAAUAAAGCUCCCCCCAUUGUUCUUUCCAAAUUGUAGUCCAGUUUCCUCUUGUUCCGCUGCUGAAACGUUCUAAUUCAGAAGCUUAGUAAGCCUGCAGGGAUUAUUGUUAUUCAGGAACAAAAACUUGCGUUCAGUCCCUUCCUUUCUUCAAUAGAAAAUUCUAUUGUCUCCUUUAGCUGAACACCCUGUAGACAAAAUAUUAUUUCCGUUUUGCAGCUUUCCCAGAAGAUAACCAGUUCUGUAAAAUUCCAAUGGUAUUUUUCCACUUACGACCAUCUUUGUAAUGUCCCGAAACUCCUCUAGGGGGAUUGUUGUAACUUUGUUUUCUCUAGUCCAAAAGUCCGAUUGUUAUCCAUAUUUUCGCCAUUUUGUAUCCAAGUUUUAACAAGUUGUAGCAAAUUGUAACAAAUUUAGCCAGCAAAGUUCUCAUAAUAAAAUCCUCUCUGCUUUCCGACUUUGACAGCUACUUUGACAGCUGUCAAAAUCUCCGACUCUUUUCACCAGGCUCUCUCUUCAAUCACCCCGGUUCCCAGGGGGGGGGGUUACGUUUCUUCUCCCUCAAUUCGUCCUCCAGCACAGUUCUUAUGAUUCCCCAUCGUGGAAUUCUUAAUUUUUAUCAGCAAUACAAAUCUUUUUGGACCUUGGUUUCCCCGUCCUUGUCUUGGAAGGUUUACAAUAGGGGGGGGGACUGACUUCCUUUUUGGAUCCCCCCCCGCUCGUGUCCAAUUCAAAAAGAAAUUCUUUUUUUCCUCCUUUUAAACCCAAUUUUCAAAUUACUCACGGGUUGUUGUUAAAAAGUCCGAAUUUUCAAUGGAAGAAGUCAGCGCUCUCCGCCGGAUGGCAUGCGGCUGCGCUCGGCAGGGAUAGCAGAGGACUCAAAGCACCACGCUUCUCCCCGGCACCCGAUCCGUAGCCUUUAAAAAGGCUCCUUCACGAGUCGGGAGGGCGCUGACGGUGCCAGCCGAGUCUCCAUGUCCACGGCCCUCGUGGCCGUGGUUUUUAAGGGUCCCCGCAUCGCCGGUGCGGUAGGACCCAGCCCCUGCCGAGCAGGCUCCCUCCGGAGCUCGGAGGGAGUCCGCCAUUCGGCGAUGGCGCCAACCCGGAAGUCCCGACCUGAGCUGUUAAUGUAUGAAAACAAUUUUGCAAAUAUGGGUGACCAGAAAUCAGGUCUUAUUUUAUAGAUCUCCAUUGGGAUCAUGUCUUCUCCUGGAGCUUUAUUAGCUAGUUGGCUUGCGAUUAGCCUCUUAAUUUGAUUGGGCGUGACGUCUGGCCAUUCUGGCAGUUCUGAUAACUGAGUAUAGUAAACUUGUGGGGAUAGGUCAGGACAGGGGCCAUAUAUUUCUGUAAAAUAUGUCACCCAAUCCUUUCCUUGGACAGAUGCUUCUAACGAGUAGCCCAGCCCAUUUGUGCCUUGGGCAACCAGAUGCCAAAAUUUCCGUGAGUCCUUCUGAAGUGCUGCAUCUCCCAAUUCUUUCCACUGUUGUUCAUAAUAUAUUUGUUUCUUGCUUUUAAGUAAUAAUUUAUAGUUGUUUCGUAACUGGGCUACCUCAGCUUGUAGGGCAAGAUUGUGCUUAUCCUGUUUUAACUUCAAUUUUCUAAGUACCCUAGCUAGGCAUUUUUGCUAUUCUGACAUUCCUUAUCAAACCAAGUCUGUCUCUUAAACUUUUUGUUUUUUAUCACACUAGCUGUGGUCAUCAGUGGGCGCAUUCGGUUGAUUAUGUUCUCAUAAAGUCCAAUUACAUUUCCUGUUUCUAACAACAUUUUCCCCUUUAAUAAAGCAAAUUCAUGGGAAUCCAGGAUCUGAAUCAUUUUUUCUUGGACCUGUGCAUUCCAUUUUAACCUUCUAUUUCCAAGUAUCAGAUAUUCUGUUUCGUCCAAUAAUUUAGGAAAGGCAGGAGAAAAGAAUAAUGUCAGAGAUAACUCAAGUGGAAAGUGGUCACUUUCAGCUCUGGGAAUUACCCUGAAGGUAUCUCGGUUAACUGGCACAUUAUUAGAUGUUAGGAUAUAAUCUAUGGUGCUAGUAAAUCCUCUGGGGGAGGUAAAAGUAAAAUAACCCUCUUGAUCCCCUUGACCGUGCCCAUUGCAUAACAAAAGGUUAUGCUUUAUUAUAAGUUCACAAAGAUGUUUCCCAGCGCGAUUAGAGGUGGUGUCCAUUGCUGCCCUCUGACAGAUUUCAGGUUCGUCCUCCAAGUUUAGACCAGAUAAUAUUGUAUUUUGUGGGGAAACAAGGCCGAUCCGGGCAUUGAAGUCACCUCCCAAGAUAAACCGAGGGUUAGGUGACAGAGAGUCAAUACUUUCGAGUAGUUGGUCAAGUUUAUCCCAAUAUGAUCUCAGUUCCCCACAAGACUUUACUGGAGGUAUAUACACACAUAUGCAAUAAGUAUUUCUCAGGAGACUAUCAGAAAGAGACAACACUAAAAAAUUAGGGGUGGUCAGCAAGGGACACUGUUGAAUUGAUACAUUAAGAGAGGUUGACACCAGCACCGCCAGCCCCCCACUAGGCCUUCCAUACUUUACAGUUUUAAGAGCUGGUUGAGUGUAACUUGUAAAACCCUGUAAUUCAACCAUAGUGCCCUCUUUUGCCCAGGUUUCUUGAAGAAAGAUGAUAUCAUGUGUUUGUAGGUAAGAACAGAAAUCACUGUCUUGGAUCUUGUUCGUCCACCCUGUUACAUUCCAUGAGAGAAGUUUAAUUGUUUUACAGUGAUUUACUCUUAGUCAAUUGUUGGCCGAUGUGCUCUCGGAGUUUACCAGUUUUUGAGGCAGGUUAUUGCUAAUGCUUGUGGAAUAAUCCAGAUGUUCGAUUAUUUCAGUCGUCGUACAUAAAGUACUCACAUUUGUAAUCACUGGGCCUUUUCUUUGCAAAUUGUUUGCCAAUGGGGAUUUCUUGGGUGUAUUUCCUGACUCCUCCUCUUCUAAAUAUCUCAUCUUUGUCCAAUACUCCGGUGGUUCUAUAGUUAUCAUUCUGUUGUGGCCAUUGGAUCUAUUAUCAAUCUCUGCCUCCGGUUCCUUAAUCUCUUUCAGUGUCUGGCUCAUAAGAUCAAGCCUCUUGAUAACUCUUUGUUGCUCUUCCUGAGGGAGAUUCCUAAAGGAGCUGAGAAAAUCCUCUUCCAAGGGAUUUACAGAGUGCUCAGAUUCCUGAAGAUGAUUGUCUAGAGGAAUCGGCUGUUCCUUUUGGCUCACCUGGUUAUUUUGAUGUUGGGCAUGAUCCUGCGGAUUCAACUCAGGCAUGUCUGUUUCCUCCCCACCUGCCAAGUCUUUUUGUGAUGUCAUUACUUCCAUUGGGGAUCCAGGCUUUGGUUUUGUGGGCCCCUCUGAAGCAGCAGUCCUCAUCUUACAUAAGGGUGCAACAAUAGAAUUGCAAAAUACCCGGGUUGGGAAAACUCCUCUACUUGACAAUCUGAAUUUCAGCUUGUGAAUUAGUGAGGGCAGUCUAGUAGAGUAAAAAGUUAACAUAAUUUUUUGGCUUUGAUUUGUGGUACUCAAGAGUUCAGUCCUAACGAGGUCGAUCUCUGUAAGUCCAAUGCCAAGUAAGUUUGAUAAAUGUCGUUUGGAACGCUGGGCACCUUUCCAGCUAGGAGUUUGAUCUGGCCUUCCACAAAUUGUCAUGCAGAUCUUUUUUGGUUGGAAGAUUAAACAAGAAGAGUUUGUUUUAAGAGCCUCUGCACAUUCUAUGUUGAGCUUAGGGGUCUGCUCUUGUUGUCGCCAAUUUCCUUUGGUAUUAUGGUGUUCUGUUGAUGCCUGCUUGUUAUUAACUGAUAAACUGUGGACCUCUUUGGAUAACUGGGUUAUUUGAGAGGCAAGACCUCUAAUUUGCUGGAAGAUAUGCUCAACCGUUCUUGCAAUUAGAGUUAAUUGGGAGCUCUCCCUCCUUGUUAUUUCUUCCUCUCUGAGGAGCACAGGAUCAGCUUGCCCCAUUGCUGGAUCCAGUUCCACGCUCUCACCUUGAAUACUCUCCCCACACUCACAAUCAUCUUCAAGAGGAUAAAACAGGUUUUUUGUUGGAACUGUAAAAGCAGAUUUGUUAAAAAAGUCCUCUAUUUUAGAUUGUUUGGAAGCCGGUGAGAGAGCUACAUCCUCUGGGUCCCUGUGGCGUUUACUAGCAGGCAUAGCGUCACCGUAGGGAGUAAACAAGGAGAGGUUUCCCCAACCAAAAAAGAGAGAAAAGAAUAGAAAGUGCUCAGUUUGUUCUCUGUGUGGAGACUGCCAGGGGUUUCAGGGACAAAGUAUAGGAGGGAGUUGGCAGUUAAUAGCUAGCAGCUGGCGGCCUGCCCAGGAUGCUUCACAGAACUUGCCCAGGAUGUUUCUCAUAGCAUAGACUCUCCGUAAGUUAAAAAGUAGAGAAGUAAAAAAGGAAAAAUUACUUCCCUGGGUGGCAGUCAAUGCUAAUUACAGACCUGCUCUCAGCGGAGCUCCGAAGCCUGCUUGCUAAACCGUCGCCAUCUUGGCCCUCCGUUACCCCCACUUCCAUAAAUAAAAGCACUCUUUCCAUCAUUAAUCUUCACAAAUCUGUCGCCUUCUUUAGUCCUCUGAAGAGGUUCGCCCGCAGUAUGAAAACAAAUGCAUUCCUCCUCCCAGACAUAAAUCUUUCGACAGAACUUGCCAAAAUGGCGACGCUGUUUUUUACUGCGUCAUCCCAAAGCUCUUGUACUUUUCCACAAUCUCCUUAAAACAUGCUUUUGGUUAGAAAUUAUAUCCACACAGUCUUAAAUCUUCCAUCGUAGGUCAUUUAAGCGGCAUUUCUGACGUGGGGGGGGGAAUUAUUGGUUAAUCACAUAGAAGAAAGAAAGGAAAGUUCCCCCCCCCAUCCAGUCCCGUUGCCGACAUACCGAGCCUUGGUGUGUCUUCUCAUGAUAUACCGAUUUGUUCUUAUCUUUGCCACUCCAGAUCCAGGAGCGAAUCCAUGAAGAGCUCAUGGCUGUGGUGGGAACAAGCCGUGACCCCACCUAUAGUGACCGGGAGCACCUGCCCUUCUUGAACGCCACCAUCUUGGAGACCUUGCGCUUGCGCCCCUCAGCAGUCCUUGCUUUGCCCCACAUGACCAUCCGGGAUACAAGGUACCCAGUUUCUGCAAGGCCUAUCCUGACAUUCUCCAUGUGUAGAAGGAAACCACGGGGGCUGUGCUGCUGGACCACCUCCGACAGUGCGCUCCCCGGAGAGCCACACGUUGGUGUUGAUACCUGUAGGUUCUCAUGUGCGAACAUCCACUGGGCUGAUAGAUAUCCAUGCCAAUGCAGUGGACUUCUGAGCUGGUGCCAUACAGAGGGUGUCAAGAAGGGGUUAACAGCACAGCUCUUGCUCCCACUUUUAUGCUGCUGCUAUUAAUUUGAUUAGUGAAUUGCUUCCUAUGAGCAUAAGUUGUGGAUGUUUAAAAACGUGUUCCCAAACAGAUGUAGAUACCUGGAGAACUGAGUUGGAGAUAUGGGAAGCCAAAUGUUAUGGCUUGGUCUCUGCCACAAACGCGAGACAACUCUGGCUGUUAAUUAUUUCAGAUUUAUUGCUAAAACAACAAACUAGGACAGAGCUCCUCUACUCAUCGUCCUCCCCAGAAGAUGGAGUUGCCUGGACUGAGCUCCUCCCCCUUCCCCAGCUUCGAAAACCAAGGUGAGGCUUCUGAUUGGCUGCAGGAGCUUCCUGCACUCAAUCAGAAGCUGUGUCAGAUGCUCGGCUUCCAAAAAACGUUUGCAAACCGGAACACUCACUUCCGGGUUUGCAGCAUUUGGGAGCCGAUUUGUUCGGGAGCCAAGCUGUUCAACUACCAAGGUACCAAUGUAUAUACCGUAUUUUUCGCUCUAUAAGACGCACCUAGUUUUUGGAAGAGGAAAACAAGAAAAAAAAAAUCUGAAUCCCAGAAGCCAGGACAGCCAGUGGGAUUGCUGCGCUGUGAUCCCGUUGGCCGUCCUGGCUUCUUGCUUAGCCGCACGUAGCCUCUCCCGGGCAAGGGGAGCCUUCAUCCCCUGCCCGGGAGAGGCUGUGCAUGGCUAAGGCUCCCCCAAGAGCCGCGCUCCCUUUAAAGAGUGUGCGGAGUGUGUGUGUGGCUCUUGGGGGCUUUUCCUCGAGGAGGAAAAGCCCCCAAGAGCCGCACACACGCUCCACGUGGCUCUUUAAAGGGAGUACUGAGCAGAGCCUCCUGCCUGCAUUUGCUCCAUAAGAUGCACACACAUUUCCCCUUACUUUUUUGGAGGGGAAAGGUGCAUCUUAUAGAGCAAAAAAUACAGUACAUAAAACACCUGCAGUGCGGCAUCAGAGCUCUAUCUAAUCCAACUUCUUACAACAGCCCAAAGGACACCCUUGAGGAGCUCAGAAGCAAGGUAUAAAGGAAAAGAACUUUCCCCGCUGUUCCUUAGCAGCAGUAAAUUGGAUCGGGAAGCAUAGGAAACUCAUAGAUCCCAUGCACCCAGACAGGAAAUGAUGCUUGGUCAGUGCCACGCAGGAUGUUGGGGAGAGCCAGCAGUGUAGUUUUCCCAUGGCUCCCUUCUCAGGCCUGUUAAGGCCGAUGCUUACAAGGCUUUUCCCUGUUUCUAGUGAGGCCUUGCUACCAUUGACACCAAUGCGGGAGGGAGGUUUUGAACCCAGACCUCAUGUAAGAGAGAAGAGAAGGGAGAAGUGGGGUGGAUUUCAGAGGCUCAGAGGAGUUUGCACUAUGCACUGUACCAGGAAUAUUGAAUUCUUAUGGGGGUCACAUUCCCGCGUUUGUCAGAGCCAGAGGCAAAAUGGGGUGAAGCUAUGAAUAUAUAUUUUUUUACUUAUUUGCAGUACUUUCUAGGAAUAUUGUCGCAGCCCCCUCCACCCUCCACCCUCCAUCUAGGGAAGCACGACCAGCGUUUGAGGACAUAUGCCAGGCAUGCAAAAACAUCUUUCAGAGCAGGGCAGGUGAGAGGUUGAGGUGGGUGGCUGAAAGGGAACUGCAGCCCCAGGGAGACUUCCGGAGACCAGACAAGAGAUACAUUUGGCCCCCAGGCCUCAGGUUCACCACCCAACCAUCCCUGCUCUGUGUGCUCCCCGGCUGUGUGCUCAGGACGGGAGUCUUUGUGUUUGCAAUAGAUGCCAAGGCUGUCUCUGAGAAGGUGGUCCAGUGGUCAGGGCAGAGAGGAGAGGAAGCUCAGACCCUGUUGCCUGUGAGAUGGCAGAUGUUAACUCAUUUUUUUGUCUUCUCUCCACUCCAAGCUUGUCUGGUUUUUCCAUUCCCAAGGGGACAACAGUUAUCACUAAUCUCUAUGGGGCCCAUCAUGAUGAGAGCAAGUGGCACCACCCCCUGGAGUUCAGACCAGGUAUUGCACUGUGUGUGUGUGUGUGUGUGUGUGUGUGUGAGAGAGAGAGAGAGAGAGAGAGAGAGAGAGAUCUGUGUGUCAUAAUGAGAAAGCAAGGGCUCACCUGCACUUUCAUCGGACACAUAUUUAGAUUGAACUGCAUACCGAUUAAUUGCUAGGAGUGAGCAUUGGUAUAAGGCAGCUUCCUAUGUUCCCAAUAAAAUUAAUUAAAGGUAAAGGUAAAGGGACCCCUGACCAUUAGGUCCAGUCGUGGCCGACUGUGGGGUUGCGGCGCUCAUCUCGCUUUAUUGGCCGAGGGAGCCGGCGUACAGCUUCCGGGUCAUGUGGCCAGCAUGACUAAGCCGCUUCUGGCGAACCAGAGUAGCGCACGGAAACGCCGUUUACCUUCCUGCCAGAGCGGUACCUAUUUAUCUACUUCCACUUUGAGGUUGGCAGGAGCAGGGACUGAGCAACGGGGGCUCACCCCGUCGCGGGGAUUCAAACUGCCAACCUUCUGAUCGGCAAGUCCUAGGCUCUGUGGUUUAACCCACAGCGCCACCUGCGUCCCUUUAAUUACUUUUGUUUUAAAUAGAGAUAAUUCAGGAGAGCGUGAACCGGAAUGAGUUGAGGGGAAUUGAGCAUAAAUGAAUGGGAAACAAAUGGUAUUUGGGCAGGGUGCAGAUCAAUGGAAGAAGUUAUCUGGGGUGAUCUGGGCGAAAACAUGUUGCCUUGACAUUUAAAUCAGCAUAUGUAAAUUCCAUGCAAAUAGUGCCCUGGAUACCUGUGCCCUGAAUCUUUUGCUUCCGUGGGUGGGCAAUUCUCUUCCUAACACAAGCUUUCUCUUCUUGCCUAGAGAGGUUCCUGGAGGAGGACCCCUCGGGGGAGGCCCAGAGACAACUCAUUCCAUUCGGUUGUGGGGCACGGGUCUGCCUGGGGGAGACUCUGGGGCGCAUGGAGGCUUUCCAUGUCCUUGCACACACCCUGCGGGAUUUCCAGAUAUUGCCCCCAUCGCCUGGAGACCUCCCUGACCUCAGGGGGUUCUAUCGGUUUAUUGUGCAUUGCAAGCCCUUCAGGGUGAGGCUGGUUCCCUGGGCAGCGGUGUCUGAACUUGCAAAAUGAGGCCUCCGCUGGCAGUCGGGAGGACACUCAGUCCCUUCCGACUCUGCAAUUCUACGAUGCUGUUAUCUUGGGACAGUCGCCGACUCUCAAUUGAGUCGUUGUGAGGAUAAUAUAGAAGGGGGGUAUGGGAGAAUUAUUUUAUGCCACUUUGAGCUCCUCGGGAGAUAUACUCUAGCUAUUUGUAGAUAGAUGUAAUAAACGUUAAUCAAUUUAACCUUAGUGUACAUUAGACUGGCUUUUUAUAAAAGAUUUUCUUUUGCUACAAAAGAAAUGGCAAAAAAUAAAUAUUUUGUCUUCACAAAGAGUCUUUUUCACAGUUCAGUUACAUAUAGGGAGAGGCACUUGAGUCAUGGGCAUCUUGCGAUUGGGGGAAAAGAGAUCGUAGGGAGAGUGUUGUAGUUUAGUUCUGUUUCAGUGUGUUAGUGUAGGGCUUUGUGUCAGCAUCACAUGAUAGAUCCUGUGUAUCACACAAUAAAUAUUGCUGCAAACAUUUCUGAGAUCAUGGUCUUUCUAACGAGGUUUGUUAAUUGUCCUACUUUAAAUGUUGUGAGGAUCCUAUGGCCUUUUAAAAUGUGUUUUUUGGGGGUGGGGGUUUAUUGGGUUGUUCUUUUAAUUUUGAUUAUGUAUCUUGUGGUUUUAUAUUUUGAUUUUAUUCUGUGAACCGCCCUGAGACCUCUGGGUAUAGGGCGGUAUAUACUGUAAAUUCAAUAAAUAAUUAUAAUUAUACACACACACACACACUAUCCUGAACUUUUAGAUCACCCAGGUCAUUAGGUCUUAUGUUUUAAAGCAGGGGAGAAGACACAUUUAGCCCUCAAUAUAUUGCUUGACCCCAACUGCCAACAUCCCUGGCGACGGGACCAAUGAGAGUUGUAGCCCAAUGACAUCUGGAUGGCACCAGGUUGGCAAAAGCCUAGGAGACCAGGCUUCGAAUCCCGACUCGGCCAUGAAGCUCACUAGGUGACUCUGGUCCAGUCUACUGCCUCUCAGCCUAGCCUACCUCACAGGGUUGUUGCAAGGCUAAAACGGGGAGGUGGCAAACCACCUCGAGCUCCUUGGAGAAAAAGGGUGGAGUGUAAAUUAAAUAAGUAAUGCUUCUCCCUAUCACGGCCACCCACUCAUUCACACCCACUUUCCCUCCGGCCCAUAGAGGAAAGCAAGAAGGCUGUGAGGAAGGUCUGCCCUGUGUCCGACGCUGCUUGGCUCUGCCCCAUCCUCCACUCCCUAAGAUUCAAGAGACCCGUAAUCAGUUCUCAAAAUCAGUUCUCAAAAAGCUGAGCCAAGAACAGCCCUGCAGGAUCAGGCCAAUGGCCUACCUUGCCCAACAACCCAGCGAUCAACCAGAUGCAUAUGCAAAAAUGCCUGCAAGCAGAAAAUAAGCACAUCAGCCCUAUUCUCUCCCCACUUGCAAUUCCUUGCAAUUUGUAUUCAUAGGCAUUCACUGAGCCAAACACCCCUUUCGCGAAUAAACCACCAGC